CAUUAGAAUUGGAAGCAGAAAUCAAUGAUAAUGGGAUGCAAGAAAUUAAAAUAGGCAAUAUGUUAGUUAAAGCUAAUACUAAAGUUGAAAGAAUUGAAAUUAAAAAGAAGAACAUACCUGAAGUUGAAAAGGACAAUAAG